AUGCUCUCUUCGAGACUCUCUCUGGUCGCUGCCAUCUCAGCUAUCCUGAUUGCUGCCUUGGCCAAUGUUGAGGCUGCCGUUGGGUCGUGCAACCCUUCAACAUGUAUCCACCCUACCUGCGUGUGCCCUUCCUUGACACCUCCAAAGGGAAUGGACCCUAAGACUGUCCCUCAGUUCUUCACGCUCACCUUUGAUGAUGCCGUUCAGGCCCCUACUGUCCCUGUGGCCGGUGCGUUGAUGACUCCUCAUACCAACCCCAACGGUUGUCCAAUCAAGGCCACCUGGUUCGCCCAGACAAGCUACUCUGACUUUGCCCUCAUCCAGCAAUGGUAUGCCUCUGGCAAUGAGGUUGCCGAUCACACCAUGACUCACGUCGGCACUCCUCCAGCAGCUGAAAUCACCGGCAACCGUAGGUCCAUUAAUGCCUUCUCCGGCAUUCCUUUUGCGAAGCUGAAUGGAUUCCGCGCUCCUUUCCUGAACUACUCUGAUGGCACCUUUGCCAUUCUUGGUCAGGAGAAGUUCCUGUACGACUCGUCGACCAAUGCCGUCCCCACCGACGCUUACUGGCCCUAUACUCUCGACCACGGCUUGGCCAACGACUGCUGGAACGGUAUCUGCGAUAAGCCCAUCUCAAUCCCCGGUAUGUGGGAGAUUCCCAUGGCAGCAAUCAUGGACAGCGAUCUGCCCACUGCUAUCCCCCACUCCAUGGAUGUACAACUGGAUGCUUCGCCCGAGGUCGUCAAAGCCUGGCUCCGAAAGAACUUUGACCGCCACUACAACGGAAACCGCUCUCCCUUCGGUAUUUACCUCCAUCCGGUCCAUGUCGGCAAUGCCACUCAGCUUUACAACGAAUUCUUUGCUUAUGCCCGUACCUUCCCAGAUGUCUGGUUCGUCACCAACCAGCAGUUGCUUCAGUGGAUGCAGAACCCCGUCCCUUCGUCCCAGCUUGCUGACCAGCCCUACAUGAAGUGCACCAUCCCCGCUGUCAGCAAGGAGAUCUGCAACGGUCUCGAUGAUGCCAAGCUCGGAUCGGUCGACAAGGGCGUGAUCGAGACUUGUAACUUUGUCGCUGGUCCUUGGUCGACUUGCUAUGGCUGCCCCAAGACCAUGCCUACCCCUAGUGAUCCCGUCCCCGAGCGUGUUGUCUCUCUCGGCCAGCCUGGUUACCGCACGCCCGUCCCUGCCACCUGCGCUAUGGAAUGGUGGGACCCCUCCAACAGCCAGUGUCUCUGCACUAGCUCCAACUGCACUUUCACUGAUACUGCCGUCCCUAGCAACAAGAGCACCGGAGGCUCUGAUACCACUGGAUCAAGCGCCCCUCGCGGCAGUGCUGCUGAUAACAUUGCUGUUGCCUGGACUGGUUUUGGCCUUGUUGCUGCCUUGGCUGCUGGUCUUGCCCAGCUCCUUUAA